AAGGAGAUGAAGAAGAGACAGGAAAAACAAGCUCUGCUCCGCCGAGAAAGAAAAUCGUCGGCGGUCCGAGGAUUCAUUAGUCUGGAGUCGAGAUGAAUGCGGCUCUGAAGCACUGGAAAGAGGCAGCGACUGUCAUUCUAGCUGCCAAAACAAGGCACAGUCAAAGCUGCGACUCCCUCCAAAGAAGCGGUGAAGUUGCGCCUGCCUGUCGAGGGACGUGUUUACCCCACAAGUCUGCGUUUGACUAUGAAGUCCUCCUGUUGAAAAGGAGCGGCACCAGCGGGUUUAUGCCCCACGCUUAUGUGUUUCCGGGUGGGCUGCUGGAACCAUCCGACUUCUCCAGCGAGUGGACGGAUCUUUUCAAGUCCUUCAGAACAUUGCCGCGCUUCGGUGUUGCGAUGGUGAAACAACCUCCAGAGACAAGACCCCCGAUCUUCGCCACGAAUAGACUGAAGCUCGGAUCUCCGGUACCGGGAGACGUUGCGUUGAGGAUAUGUGCGGUGAGGGAGACGUUUGAGGAGUGUGGGGUGCUUUUGGUCCUCCCCAGCCCAGUAAACGGCGUAAGCGCCGAUGAUGAAACCCAAAAGUCGGACAGUAACAGCUCCCAGCUGCUGCUCACAACGAUGCCCGCACAGUGGGACAAAAAUGAGAUUGCAAAAUGGAGAUCUUUGGUGAUCAAGAACUCCUCGAAUUUUAUCCGAAUGUGUCGAGAACUUCAGUGUAUACCUAACAUAUGGGCACUUCAUGAGUGGGGAAACUGGCUAACUCCCACUGGCGUCUACGAGAAGCAAAGAAGGUACGAUACUGCCUUCUACAUGUGCUGCUUGGAGGACAUGCCGGACACCAUUGAAGAUGAAAAAGAAAUUGUCCAUUUUAAGUGGUCCACCCCAUCUGAAAUACUUCAUGGCUUUCAAAAUAGAGAGUUUUGGAUAGCACCACCUCAGUUCUAUGACCUUGGACGAAUGUGUCAUUUCCAUUCCCUUAGUGAUCUUCACAGAUUUGCCAGACAGAGAGCUGUAGAAGGAUGCGAGCGGUGGCUACCGAUUAUCCUGGUGGCCACUGACUGCCUCAUAUCUCUCCUACCAGGUGACAGCCUGUACCCAGAGAAUGUGGACUACUCUGGGAAAACGACCAGCACUAUGCCAACAGAGAAAUGUCUGGAAGAGCUUCAGAAGGAGAGCUGCAACUUACAUCGCAUUGUGAAACGGGAUCCUUACACAGUUUCUGUUCACAUUAACAUCAUGCCCAAGUACAAACACGUGCCUCCUCUCAUUAGCUCAGCCACUGACUGCCACCUAAAGUCUCACAGCAAACUCUGAGCAAACUUGUAUUUAUGACAAAAAACUGAAGUUAACAGUUACACUCGAGCUAAAGAAUAAAAGAUCUCAAGCUGUAGAUGACAAUGGAUGGGGUUUUUUUUUUUUUUUGAAUGUCCAUCAUACUGCACAUGGCCAGUAUGUCAAGUAAACUAGCUUAUUGUUAGCAUUUAAAACAAAAUGCUACUAGUUUUUUGAAAAACAUUUUUUAAUAAACAUGAAUCUUGGAAUUAUCAGGGUAAUAUUCCUUCACUGAACCUAUAGAAACUGUCAAACAGCUAUAUGGAAAAUGAGAUAUGGCAAUAUUCAUAACCAUUUGAUCACUGUCACUGAUUAAAUUUUUUUUUUAAAGAACUGCUAGCUUUUAAAUGUUUGCAUAAUCUCUGUACCACUACUGAAUUUGUUGGAAAUGAAUGUGUGAAGAGUGUUUUAAUUUUUUGCUGCAUUUUGUUGGUGUGACCUACUCUGUAUCAUCUUUUCAACAUCACUGCAGCACAAAUAAAAGGAAGAUGGUUAAGUUAGA